AUGCAGAAUGAUGAAGAGUUCUUUAUUGGGGAUCAGGACGACGGCAGCACGUCCUCUGAUUUGGAGCUGAUUGUGGAUAAAGUUCCUGGAAAGGAAGAACAGAAGGAGGAGAAUGAGGGGCAGAACAUAUUAGACUAUGACAUAGAAAGCUUUACAGAUAAGCCGUGGAACAAGCCUGGGGCAGACAUUACCGACUACUUCAACUACGGGUUUAAUGAGACGACCUGGAGGGAGUACUGCAACAUGCAAAGAAGAAAGAGUGAGUUUGCACGGGGAGGGGCUGAAUGGACUGACGAGAAGUACAGUGGGGUGAGAAGAGGGUUCAACGAGAUCAAGAGGGAAGGAGAAGGAGACGGAUAUCGAGGCCGACGGGGAAAUCGAGCAGAAAGAGAAGGAGGAAGAAGAGGGUCGGCAGAAGGGCAAAGGUGGGAAGGAUGGAAUGGAAGGAAGGACGGGGGAAGACGACGAGGAGAGAGGGAAGAGCGAGGGCGAUACGAGGAGAGGGGGGAGGGACGAAGGCACGGGUAUAGAGAUGGGAAAAGGCAGUGA